GAUAAUCAGUUGUGGUACUUAUCUCGCUGCUGGCUGCUACUUCGCUGGCUCGCUCCUAUUCCUCGCGGCUCAGGCCACGAGCUGGACGUGCGACAUCGAUUGUCUAGCGCCUCCUUUCCCUUUAUAAAGCCCUCUUCUCUCUCUCCCUCAGGCCUCCUCUGUUGCCCGUCCCAGUAGCUUAGACAUGGACGGCGACUUCUCUACCUCGACGGCCAGUCUCGAGCACGUCGUCUCGGACGGUCCCAGAGUCUCUCUGCCGCCCCCUACCCCUAACGAACCAUCUUCCUCUUCCUCUUCGUCUGCCGACUCGCCUUCGUCUCCAAUCGCUAUCGACAAGGGAAAGGGAGUCUCUAGAGCAGCUAGGGGGGCUCUCGAAGAAGACGAAGAACAUGCGGAUCUGUUCUCCAUGUCUUUCGAUUCCGAGGCAGGCUUCACCCAUCCUACCGUGACAUCACCCGACGCAUCAUCCCCUUUCACCUCUCAUGACCCCGAUUUCGGAUCCUAUCACCCAACACACGACAUCUCCAUGUCUAUGUCCCUCCAAGAUGACGACCUCCCUUUCACCACCACCAGCGACAAAGGCAAAGGCAAAGGCAGAGAUCUACCGCCGACUCUUCCCCCUCUGACGUUCUCGCCCACCGAAUUCAGCUACGACGAUAUGUACGGUUCUGGCUCUCCAUCCACGUUCUCUUCUUCCAACGACCCAGGUCCGUCCUCUUUCGGCUCUAUCUACACCACCGCCACAACGACCGGUCAAGAUCCUAGUCCCGUGGAGACCACGACGGCUCAAUCUCAGUCUCCCGUCACCCCCUCUCCAGCACAAGCACAAGACAACACUCCGAACCCGAUGCCAGUCCUCAUCCGGAUGCCCUCCAGACGCAGAUCGCUCUCUAAUCUUUCUAUGCAUUCUACGCAUUCCGUCGCCGCACGAUCCGUGUCCCGCGUCAGGAUGCGUCUCACCUCCGUUUCUGCUAAUACUAGAGGCCCGUCUACACUCGCGCGCAAGCUCUUCAAGCGCGGGGAUCAAUCGCCCUCUUCUGCCAUCACCACCAACAGUCCUACGCCCUCCCCUUCCGCUACACCCUCUCCUUCACCGUAUGUAGACGGGAGAUUCGACUUUGACUUUGAUUCGAUCCAGGCUUGUGAAGUCGGUUGCUUCACGCCUUGGAGACGGAGGUCAGAUAGGGAUAGGGAUGGCGGCCACUCAAAUUCGCCCAGUCCAUCGAGCAGUAUCCCUAACUGUUUUAAUGUCGAUAUCGAGCAGAUUAUGGCUCAAGAACUGCCCGUCGCGGAAUCUUACUACCCGCCCAUCCAAACCCACCCCUCCUCCCAAUCCACAUCCACAUCCAUAUCCACAUCCCAAGUUCAAAGGCAUAUCCCCCGCCCCACGCGCGAAUCCGCAUUCCCCCUCAACCUCAAAGGCAAAGGCCGUUCCUACUCCUCUCCCUUCCCACUCGUCUCCGCUCUCGAUCUCGUUCCCCUCUCGCCCUCGCUCACGCAUAGCGACGUCUUCGUGCCUUUACCUCUCGCCUUGACUUUCCCCGUCAAGGCUGUGGCUGUGGAGCAGGAGAGCAAGCCGAGGAAUGCGUUUGAGGAGAAGCCUGAGAAGCUGAGGAGUGCGUUCGAGGAGAUGUUGCCGCGCGAGGUGCGGCUCCACGUUUUUGCGUGUUUGGUGCAUGGGAGGGAGGAGGAACAUGUAAGGCGGAUGGGCGAGGGUAGGUGGACGGUGCAUAAGGCGGGGUCGUCUAAGAAUAGAUGGGUGGGGCGCGAGCAGGGGGUUAGGGAACUCGUUAGGAUGAGUAGGGUGUGCAAGUCAUGGAUGGGACUCGUCUUCGACGGCCAGCUUUGGACGGACCUUGAUGUGCGACCGUUCCCGAAGAUGCCACCUUCGCAGAUAAUGCAUAUCGCCAAAUCCGCAGGACCGUUCAUCAAGACGCUCUCCCUCGCAGGCCACACCUCUUUCCUCCCCUCCUCCCUGCAAACCCUCACCGACAGCCUCUCUCUCCGCUCCACCACAGCCAACAACACGCUCCUCACCUCCGUCGACCUCACCGGCUGUUCAUCCCUAACCACGCCCGCACUGCACCACCUCCUCCGGCGCUCUCCCCUCCUAAACGUCCUGAAACUGCGCGCCCUGAACGCAGUGACGAACGAGACCUGCGAGAUCAUCUACGAGUCGUGCAAAGUACUCGAAGUGCUCGACAUGAGCCGCUGUAAGCUCAUUUCCGGCGCCGGAAUCCGAUCCAUGGCCGCGUUCGCGCUCAGGGAUCAGAAAGCGCUCAAGCUGAGGGAGUUGAGGCUUUCGGGUCUGAAGGGUAUCACGGACGGGAUGAUGGAGAGUCUGGGGAGGGUGGCGCCAGGAAUCGAGGUGCUCGAUUUGAGCUACUGCAAGGAUCUGCAUAAUUCCUCGAUCGAGGCGUUCACGGCCUGUCCGCUCGAUAUGAGCGACAUGGUGGACGUCCUGGACCCGGAGAUGGAGACCGUCGUGUUGUCGGCGCGCGAGGCGGGGAGGGAAUACGAUUCGAACGGAUACGCUGCGAAUCGGUAUCGGAGGCGGGUGACGCGGCUGAGGCAUUUAUCGCUUUCGAGUUGUGGGCUGUUGACGGAUAUAGCGUGUUCGCACCUUGCGUAUGCGAUGCCGAGGUUGGAGAUGUUGGAGCUUGGGGGGAUAGGGGCGGAGAUGAAGGAUGAGGGGCUCGUUAGGCUUUUGGAGACGCUUCCGGGGAUUAGGAAGGUGGAUCUGGAGGAUGCGAGCGAGAUUACGGAUAAGGUGCUUGAGGCGCUCACGCCUUCGAGGUCUCACGGUGAGGAAGACGAUGGUGAGGAGGAGCGGGAGGAGGAAGGAGAAGGCGAACCAGGCUCGAAGCUCGAACAUCUCGUCGUCUCGUACGCCGUCCAUCUGAGCAACGAAGCCUUCCUAGCCCUCAUCACCAACUGUCACCACCUCAAAGUCCUCGAAGCGGACAGCACCCGUCUCUCCGGCCCCACGCUCAAAACGUUCGUCAAUCGCGCUCGGGAACGUUCAAUCCGAGAUGCCACCGUCGUCGCUAUCGACUGUCGCUCCGUCGGUGAGGGCGUGUUGAAGGAACUGGCGGGCGAGGAUAAGGUCAGGGCGAGGAAGGGCCAGCGGAAGUUCGAGACGCGGAAGUUGGGGUAUUUGGACGGGAGGGACGAUGAGGGGCUCGGAGUCGGGAUGGAUGAGUGCGAUGAGGGCAGGGUGGUCGUGAAGACGUUUUAUUCGUGGCAGAGCGUGGAUGCGGUCACCGCUGCGAGGGCGAAGAGGAAGAGGACGAGGAAGGCAGCUUUGGGAGGGAGAGAUAGAGAUAGAGAUACGGAUUUGGAGACGGAUGCGGUGGGUGAUGAGGAGGGUGGGUCAGGUCUUGGGACGGGGAUUGGGGGAGGUGGGAGUAGGGGGAUAGGGGCGGCGGGUUUGGGGGCUGGGAGGGCGAGGUGGUGGUCGCCUGGUGGGGGGAACGGGAGGUUGAGGGGCUCUGCUGGUGGUGCGAAUACGCCGAGCUUGUUGGAUUUGCAUAAUGAGAGGGAUGGGUGUACGAUUAUGUGAGAUGUGAGUUGCUCUGCUUUCUGUGUUACCAUCGUUUCUUUCUCUGUGUUAUAGUGUUGUAUACUCUGCUUGUACUACUGGUUAUCGGUGCUUGUGUAUCUGUGCUGUUGGGUUGCUAGGUGGCCUGUGGGGACGAGGACAGGAGCUGGCGGGUUUGGUGCGUUACGAUCUCACGACUUUACAUUGGCCGCUGGGCCAUAGGGCUCCAGUUAGUCGGUCUUCCUCUCUCUUUGUCUCGCUCAUACAGGUCCCUCCACGGUCCAUAUAUACAUCUCUCUCAUUCUGUCUCCCCUCUCUCUCUCCCUCCAGAUUAUGUGUUUUUUUUUGUACAGCCUACAUAGACAGUAACGGGCGAUGAAUCUGCUCCAGCCCGCGUGUAUUUUAUUCCUCUCUCCAU